GCGCCGUCAACGUCCUGGCAAGCGACAAUGGAAGAAAUGCCAUGAUCUUUCAUCCAAGUAAACACUCCUACGUGCUUUGUUGCCUGUAUGGACGACCCUGCUGAGGAUGAGACCCGACGAGGCCCCUUCUCCUGCCAUUUAUGCCUCAAGACUUUCACGCGUCAGGAGAAUCUGAAUCGCCAUGUUGGGACAAUCCACUCGAAGAAUUACACAAAAUCGUAUCAAUGCGAGACAUGUUUUCUAUUCUUCUCGAGAGAUGACCUGCGUAAAAGGCACAUCAAGAGAUGCCAUACGGUCGAGGACGAGCCGUCUAAGGCCUCUAACCCGGAGACUCUGCUGGCACUGCCCGCUGGCGAGUCGCUGGUCGAUCCAAGCUUGGCUCAUGAGUCCUCCCCGCCACUGACCAAGAGUAGCAAAAGGCUCCUGACUCCUCAGCAUAUUGAAAGCUUUUUCGAGAAAUUCCACCCCAUCAUUCCAAUGUUGCAUCAACCGACAUUCGACAUAACCACAACGCCCGAGCCAUUACUGGCAGCAAUGGCUUGUCUCGGUGCUAUGUGUGAGUCCACCGAGGCCGAUCAUCCGACGAGCAGAGUUCUUUUUGAAGUUGCCUACGAAGCCCUUUACUCUUAUAUUGGCAAGAAUCAAUCCAGGUUACGAGAAACCUGGGUUUUGCAAGCCUUCAUACUAUUGGAGAUCUUUGGUAUAUACAGUUGCAAUGACAAGCUGUUCUUUCUGGCGCAAAAGAUCCAUCGCGAUCUCGUCGACGGCGCCCGAGAGCUUCGUCUGCUGGAGUAUAGCCAUUCGGCCAAGGAUACAAUGGCCGUUGAAGUGGCCCAUGCCUUAAGUGAAAUUGGGUAUAUCGACUAUCCCUCCGAACCUGCGGAGACUCGAUGGCACUCCUUUAUCGAAUAUGAGGCCCGCAAGAGAUCCGCUUACGCCUUGUUCUACGUCGACGCCCAGUUUGCGACUUGUUGCAAUUACCGACCACUGCUCUCUGCAAUGGAGCUCAAGUACGAAUUGCCGUGCAGAGACGAUUUGUGGUCGGCGCCCGAUGCGGAGACCUGGAGUCUGAUCCGUCAAGAUGAGUUGUGCUCCUUCAACGAUGAGGACGACUUCAAAGGAAACCCGGAACCACUGGUGCCACAAGGGUUCUUGUACGAAAGUAUGACCCACCUGGUUCACCCGACUGGCGAGGGUAAAUCGCUGAAGAUGCUUUGGUUUUCGCCCUUCGCCGCCUUGAUGCUGGUUGUCCAGAUCCUGAUGACGGCGCGGGAGUUGACGCUGGCCAGUGUUUUCUUGUGCUCCAACCUUCGGCCCAAGGAGGAGAGGCAUAACUUGUCCAUUAUUGAUGAAGAAAGUCGCGGCCCCAUCAUGCAUGCCCUGAACAAUCUCGUUGAUCUUAUCCCCCGAGGCAAUGCCACCGCCACCGACCUUCCCGCCGCGCUGAGCAAUGGCAUAUAUGAGUUUCCCACCAACAAGACUCUGUGGCAUUCCGUGUGGACAACAUGGUAUUACACUGCCAUGACUCUUUCACAUCAGGAGGCCUUGCUAUGCACCGGUAUUGUCGAGUGCAAUCUUCCAGCUGCGAUUUCCACGGCAUGGGAACUAGGAAAACCACGAGCGAAGACACACAGAGAUGUCUACGAUGACCGAGACGUCUUCCGAUUGGCUUCGAAUCUCGAGAAGAUUAUAGAGCUGAUCAACAAUCCACCCCUGACGACCUGGCAAGGCACCGGCGGCCGUUCUUUUGAAGACCCUUUUAUCUCCAUCCUGAGCUACAAGGCCUGUAUGGUGGGCUGGCGACUUGUCCGACUCAUGAGUCUAAGCGAAAGGCGCGAGCAAGAGACCGGCCGACAAACGUUUUACGCGGCUCCAAUAAAGUCGGUGAUGGGCCGAAUCACCAAGGCGGCCGGACUACAGCAAAGCCAACCAUCCGACAGAAUGUCAAAGCAAAACACAGCUGAGCCAAACUAUGAAUUCAUGUAUCUCGAAUGGGCUGAGAGAACUUUCUCGUCACGGAAUGUUUGGCCGAUUGGCAGCUGGAUGAGCGCGGUCCUCAAGGAGUCCAUGGAGGACGCUUCAAUCAGUGAAAGCGAGGCUUGACUUGCUCUGGUACUAUCUAUCAUUUUAUUUCAACCCAUCAUAGUCCGGGUACGUCCCACCAGGCUCAUCACGAACGACAUGUUCUCCCAGAAUCUUGGUGAAGAUUGGAUCCGUUCGAAUGCUUUCGUAGUACUUGUGCACGAUAGGAUGCUUUGCC